AUGAUCACAUAUGCACAAACAUUCUGUUGUUUUUGGUCUUGGAAAAUCUUUGCUUUGCUCAAAGCAUGCUGCGCUCUUCACUGCGAUUGCCAUGCCUCGAAUCUAAUGUUCCUUUCAGACGUUUACUAUCCAGUAUCGCCUAUUGUACUGCGACCUUUUUUGGAUGCAAUGUCCGUUGUGUUGAUGAAAAUCGUUUACCUGGCCGCAAUGGCCAUUGCCGCUCUGUUAUUUGGCCUCAUACCCUUGAAGGAACAGAAUGCUUGGAAAACGAACUAUCCGUUUAACGAACUGCUUAUUGCGACUGGCUUUUUCGCGAUAUACCUGGUGGAGGUAGUCUGCAACAACUUAUGUGGACACCAGAGCCAUGCCAGCUUCGAGCAGAAGGAGAACGGGUGCAAGCACAGCAAUAACGAGGAUGACAUGACCGAGUACAAUAUUCAGCAAAGGUCAAAUGGUGAGCAUUCGAGCAGUGAGAAUGUGGUGCAGGAAGCAGGAAAGCAACAGGUCCAAACCCAUAAUUUCUAUAGAAAAUCGCUGACGUUAGUAAUUGCCUUCUCGUUUCACUCCUGUCUCGAAGGAUUUGCAUUUGGCGUUCAGGUAAUUUAA